UGUCGUCCGGCUCUGCUGCGUUACCCGUACCAUAAUGGCGGCGUGCUUCACACAGCGAGUGGUACUCCUGGCGGCUGUCUGUGCUCUUCUCAACAGUCUGUCAGCUGCCAUAGACUACCAUGGACCCUUACUCUCGAAAUUAGCUGCUGCCGAGCAACUGGGUGAAGGGGCACCCCGAGCUCCUCGGGCGGCCUUUGGCCCACCGUACGGGGGCGGCUUCGGCGGCGGUCGUCACCACCCGGGCUUCGGAGGCGGCUUCCACCAGCCCGGCUGCGUUCUCUGCGGCGGCGGAAGACCCGGCGGCAUCUCUGGCUCCUUCAGCAAGUCCAGCAGCAGCUCCUCCAGUGGAUCUAUCAACUUUGGUGGAAAGAAGUAAAGCAGCAGUCGCGACUUCGAGAAAGGCAGCGCCCAACUUUUAACAGCUCAUUUCAUUUCAUUGAAACCCACUCUCUAAAUAAAGGCAAUUCACACUGUGAAAA